AUGAGGUUAAAGCGAGUAACCGUUACGCGCCACCUUCAUACUUUUUUAACUGUUAAAAUUAAAAAUCUAAACUUUAGACGCAACGGUAGGGAUACGAUGGCGUCUAUCUUACGUCAUCUUUCGUCUGUGGCUUCAUCUAGACGAACGAUCAACCAAUUGAGUUCCUUUCGUCUACUUCAUCACCAUAUGAACUCGCUUAAAUCCAAUCACACCUUGAAGCAUUAUCUUGAAUCAGGAGAGCCAAUCAAAGCUCUCUUAAACUUCAAACAACGAUUCAGAGAAAGCCCUAGCUUCAUAGACAGUUUCUCUGUCUUGUUCGCCAUCAAAGCUUCAUCUUCAGCUCAUAAAGCUCCCUCCUUUGUGGGCCAACAGAUCCACGCUCUCGUAAGAAAACUUGGGUUUCAUAGCAUAAUCCAAAUUCAGACAUCCCUUGUCGGGUUUUACUCAACCGCAGGUGAUAUCUCUAGUGCACGCCAGGUGUUCGACGAAACGCCUGAGAAACAAAACGUAGUCUUGUGCACGGCUAUGAUUACAGCUUACGCUGAGAAUGACAAAAGUGUGCAAGCUCUUGAGAUGUUUCGACUAAUGGAAGAGGAAAGAAUCGAGCUUGAUGAGGUGAUUGUGACGGUGGCUUUGUCGGCUUGUGCUGAUCUUGGUGCGGUGCAGAUGGGAGAACGGAUAUAUUCGCAGAGCAUCAAGAGAAAACGAAGAUUGGGUAUGGAUUUAACUCUGAGAAACUCACUUUUGAACAUGUAUGUAAAAGCUGGGGAUGUUGAGAAAGCGAGGAGAGUCUUUGAUGAGACAAUGAGAAAAGAUGUGACAACUUACACGUCUAUGAUCGUAGGGUAUGCUCUAAACGGUCAAGCUCAAGAAUCAUUAGAACUCUUCAAGAAAAUGAGCCAAGAUUCAUCUGUAUCUCCGAACGAUGUGACUUUCAUUGGCGUCUUGAUGGCUUGUAGUCACGGUGGUUUAGUGGAAGAAGGGAAACGACAUUUCAGGAGCAUGGUUGAGGACUACAAUCUGAAACCUAGAGACGCUCAUUACGGAUGUAUAGUGGAUUUGCUUUGUCGUUCAGGGCGUUUGAAGGAUGCUCACGAUUUCAUAAAUCAGAUGCCUGUAAAGCCGAACGCGGUGAUAUGGAGAACACUGCUUGGUGCUUGUAGUCUUCAGGGGAAUGUUGAGCUCGGGGAAGAAGCUCAGAGACGGAUCUUUGAGUUGGAUAGUGAUCAUGUGGGAGAUUAUGUUGCGUUGUCGAAUAUCUACGCGGCGAAAGGAAUGUGGGAUGAGAAAUUGAAGAUAAGGGAUCGUGUGAGGAAGAGAAGGGAGCCUGGGAAAAGCUGGAUUGAGAUGGGAAACAUUAUCGCUGAGUUUGUUUCAGGGGGUGGUGAUGGUGAUGGGAAGCUAAUGGUGGGAGAGAUUAGUGAGGUUUUGAGGUGUUUAGUUGCUUGUAUGACAAGUUAUGAUUAUGUGGUGGAGAAUUUUAACUCAAGUUGUUGAGGUUGAGCUGAGUGAGCUUACACAAGAGCGUUGACGGGUGCUGUGGCAGGCAGAGCUGCUUAGUAUGGAGUCCUCCGUAGGCCUGCACUUGGCGCUAUCGCUGGAGCUUUUCUCAGUGUUGGAGGCUUCUCGUGCCUACUGGCUGUAUUUAGAGGUAUUAGAAUCAAGGGGUCCAUCAUCUAUGGUUAGUCUUGAAAUAAAUCUGAGCAAUCUUAUACGUUUGUCAAGUAUAUAUGAAGUGGAUUUUGGAGUUUUUCUAUUGACUUUAUGGUCGAGAAGGACAACGAUUUUGAGAGAAAAGAAGUUAGCUUUGACAUGUUCCUGGUGGGCCAUCAAACUUAUGGAGUGACAUAAUGGCUUAGUCGUUUAUUUGGUGUGUUUUUUUUUUUAGAUACAGGCAGAAUUUGUAGAGCAACUGUUUCGUAUAAGACUAGUAGAUGAACAACUUAUGUUGACAAUGUUGAAUUCACACCACUGGCAGACUUCUCAAGUAUUUGAAGGGAAUUUUGUACGCUUACGCUCCUAUGUAAGCUAUGAAGAGCGGGAUGAUGUGUAUGGUGGAUUGGAACGCAGAGGCUUAUCAGGUGACUCGCUAAGGAAACUAUCAUGCUAUAUCAUGUCAAGUGAGAUGACCAAGAGUCAGAUCAAUCACUGCACAAUCUGUCUGCAGGACUUGAAGGCAGGUGAAAUCAUACGAAAGCUUACCGAGAUGCCAUCACACGUUUCACCUGUUGUGUGUUGAUAAAGGGUUCAGCAGACAGGCCGUUAGAGAUUGAAACACCAUUGUUGCCGACCAGUGUACAUAGCUAAAACUCAAUGUCCUUAUGUGUUGUUGUAAGUCUCUUGAACCAUUAUUUCAAUCUCUAUUUAUUAAUAUAGCAACUUUAGCAUCUCCAUAAGGUUUCUACUUU